UGGCCCUUUAACGGCGGGGCGGUGCGCUGCCUCCGUGGGGCCGGUCCCUGGGCUGGGGGAAGGAAGUGACGGGCGGGGGGCGAGGGAAGAGCCCGCCGAGGGCUUGAAUGAAAAGGGCGAGCGGGCGGCGCGCCGAGCCACCCCAGCGGGGCCGGGGCUGGUGCCGGGGCGGGCAGCCUUCCCUCGCCGCUCCGCGCCCGCUCGCCGCCCGCUCCGCGCCCCCCGCCCCAUGCCGGCCCUGCCCUGAGCCCGCGGCGGGCGCGGGGGGAUGCCCGGCCCGCGGCGCCGGCUGUCGGCGCUGCCCGCCCUGCUGUGGCUGGCGCUGGCCCCGCUGCCCGGCGCGCCCGGCCCCGCGGCCAGGGCCGAGCUGCGGGUGCGGGUGCGGCUGCCCGGCGGGCAGGUGACGGAGGAGAGCCUGCAGGCCGACAGCCGCCUCGACUGCAUCAGCCUGGAGCUGCGCACCGCCGACGGCGCGCUCGUCACCCUCACCGCCGACUUCAGACAGGAGGUGAAGAUUUUCCGUGCCUUAAUCCUAGGGGAGCUGGAGAGGGGCCAGAGCCAGUUCCAGGCUCUGUGCUUCGUCACGAGGCUUCACCGCAACGAGAUCAUCCCCAGCGAGUCCAUGGCGAAGCUGCGGCAGAAAAAUCCCAGGACAGUGAGGCAGGCGGAGGAGGUGCGGGGCCUGGAGCACCUCAGCAUGGAUGUAGCUGUCAACUUCAGCAAGGGAGCACAGCUGAGCUCUCACAUCCACAACGUCUGUGCAGAGGCCAAAGAAGCAAUUUAUACCCGAGAGGAAGAUGUCAAAUUUUGGCUGGAGAAAGGAGUGGAUGGCUCCAUGUUCGAGGUCCUGCCGCAGACUUCUGACCUCCCUGACCUGCAGCGCUGCAAGCUGUGCUCAGACCUCUGGAAGCCCUGCAUCUGCAGCUACUCCCUGAGCAUCGAGUGGUAUCCCUGCAUGCUGAAGUACUGCCGCAGUCGGGAUGCUGGGGGCAAGGUUUCCUCUUACAAGUGCGGCAUCCGCAGCUGCCAGAAGGGCUACACCUUCGAUUACUACGUGCCACAGAAGCAGCUCUGUCUCUGGGAUGAGGAGACCUAGCAGAGCCAGGCCAGACCUCUCCAAGGGGCAGCUCAUCUGCCUCCUGCCACUGUUGGUGAUGCUAAGGGCCUGCUGGAGCUGGCUGCUGCUCCAAAGAAGGAAUAAGGUUCCCGGCGAUGCCUUGUGCCAGGAGAGCUCUGUGUGUGUGCCUUUCCUCCUGGCCCCCUCUGUGACUCCCUCCCCACCUGACAACUGCCUCAUGCUGUGACAAGUGGGCUCGGUUCACGGUGUGUUGAUGCUCUCCUGCCAGCUGCCAGGAGCUGCAGCUUCCUGGGGGAAGCAGGAGGUGCAGGUUUCUGGGGUGCAGCACCGGGAGGGCUGUGUUUUGCCUGGCUCUGGAGUUGCUAGCUGUGAAGGGAGGGCAGCUCUGGUCAGUUAGCAGCCCUGGGCAUCCUGGUGAAUGGUUGGGGCAGGGAGAGAAAUGGUCUUGAUGCUCUGGGUUGUCAGACAUCUCUGCCACUGAAGAAGCCACAUCGCUGCCUUCACCUCCUGGUGACACAGCAGCGUUUCCCAGUGGGAAAACAGCUGACUGAUGGGACCACAUACCCUGAACAAGGAAGGUACAAAGCCUACCCAAAGCAAGAGCCUGCCUCUAUCUUUUUCUAACUGGCUGUUACAUCCUGCCUGUGGCUAGAAGAUAACAUGGAG